UAUCAUCGAACGAUAGCGAUGCGGCAAUCUUUUAAGGCUUAAAUUCGUUGUUAAAUUAUAAUUUCAGCCUACUCGAUUUCGCUUGGAUAUUUUAGAGAGACGGUGGACAAUCGAUCCGUUUUACGAUGAAUCAAGCGGAGGUGUCGCAGUUAAUGUCCAAACUCAGAAUACGCGUCAAUCCUCGACAUAAGAAUCUAAAGUGUCCUGAAGGACCACAGGGCCGGCUAAAUAAGUUGCGUAAAACUGUUAACGCUCUGUUCAAAUACGAACGUUUAGAAUUGAAUUAUACAUUGGCUGACGAAACCAGAGGAUAUGCUGAAAGAUUAAUAUCAGAAGCCAUCAGGCAUGGGGAUACACACAAACCAACUAUGGAGAUGGCUGACUAUUGGAUAGAAGAAAAACAACUGAUACACAAAUUGUUCAAAGUAUUGGUUCCCCGGUUUAAUGAUUAUCAAACUUCAUACACUAUGUUAUACCGGGCGCCGAAAGCAUACCCAGAAAUUGUGUAUCCCCGUUCAGUUCUAGAACUUAGAGGUAACCCGUUUCCAGCAAUUCUACCUCAGCGAUCCGAUCAAAGAAAUUUUAUUCACAAUGUGCUAUUGGAAGAAGCGAAAAAGGCUUACAGGGCUGAGAAAUAUGAAGAAAUAACCAAAUCUCUUGAAGAACAAGAAGAAGAAUAAAUCUAUAAUCAUAUUUUGUUUUGUGUAAAUAAAGUUGUUAGUUAGGAAUACUCAAUUAAAAUUGAUGCAUUUUCAUGAUA